AGAACCCCCAGUGGCUAAAGUAACACACAAGAUCCAGUACAAGGGCCUGGAGACCCUCAUCUGCAGAGUCUACAGCUUCUAUCCCAAAGAGGUGAAUGUCACCUGGAGGAAGGAUGGAAAAGUCUGUGAGAAAGGCACCUUCGGGACAGAUGUUCUUCCAAACUCAGACGGGACCUACCAUACCUGGCUGAGCAUCAAGGUUGACAUCGAGAAGAGGGAUUAUUAUCGCUGCUAUGUGGAACAUGCUGGGCUGCCGAAGCCUCUGAUCGUGGCCUGGGAGGAACCUGGUGAGAGAACGGGGGUGGGGGUACCAGUCGAAUGUGGGCAAACUUGUCCCUUGAGUGGUCAUACAAAGUAAUGAAUGUGGUGAUGGAGUUUCCUCCUUUACUAGGUUCACCAGAUGCUGUAGACUUUAAAUGAAGAGUCGUGGUGGCACAGUGGUUAGAAUGUGGUACUGCAGGCUACUUCUGCUGGCUGCCAGCCUUCAAUUCUCAAG